GUCUCACUUUGGGCAAAAGCCUCACACUUUCCCCUGCCAGCCCCCAGCCCCCGACGCGCAGACAGGUAGAGGAGUGUGACUGCUACUGGAGCUCAGGACAUUAUUCCCAGAAAGCUGCCUUCAAGACCGCCUGCUCCCCAGAACUCUUGCCAGGAGCCCUCAGCCGCCCAGGGUGACACUUAGCCUAAGAUUAUUUCUCUUUAUUCAGAAGCAUAACAUUGUUUGCUGAUUGCAAGAAGAUGUUUCUUUGGCUCUUUCUGAUCUUGUCAGCCCUGAUUUCUUCGACCAAAGCAGAUGCUGGCCUCUCGGUGGACAUUUGCAGCGCGUGCUCCUGCGUGUCAGUUGAGAAUGUGCUCUAUGUCAACUGUGAGAAGGUGUCCGUCUACAGACCGAAUCAGCUGAAGCCACCGUGGUCUAAUUUCUAUCACCUCAAUUUCCAAAACAAUUUCUUAAAUAUCCUCUAUCCAAAUACCUUCUUGAAUUUCUCACACGCAGUAUCCCUGCAGCUGGGAAAUAAUAAACUGCAGAACAUAGAGGGAGGAGCUUUUCUCGGGCUCAGUGCAUUAAAGCAGUUGCACUUGAACAACAAUGAAUUAAAGAUUCUCCGAGCUGACACUUUCCUUGGCAUCGAGAACUUGGAGUAUCUCCAGGCUGACUACAAUUUAAUCAAGUAUAUUGAGCGAGGAGCCUUCAAUAAGCUCCACAAACUGAAAGUUCUCAUUCUUAAUGACAAUCUGAUUUCAUUCCUUCCUGAUAAUAUUUUCCGAUUUGCAUCUUUGACCCAUCUGGAUAUCCGAGGCAACAGGAUCCAGAAGCUUCCCUAUAUAGGAGUGUUGGAACACAUCGGCCGGGUCGUCGAAUUGCAGCUGGAAGAUAACCCUUGGAACUGUAGCUGUGAUUUGUUGCCUUUGAAAGCUUGGCUGGAGAAUAUGCCCUAUAACAUUUACAUCGGAGAAGCUAUCUGUGAAACUCCCAGUGACUUAUAUGGCAGGCUUUUAAAAGAAACUAACAAACAAGAAUUAUGCCCCAUGGGCACGGGCAGCGAUUUCGAUGUUCGAAUCCUGCCUCCUUCUCAGCUAGAAAACGGUUACACCACCCCCAAUGGGCACACAACGCAAACAUCCCUACACAGGCUAGUGACCAAGCCACCGAAAACGACCAAUCCUUCUAAGAUCUCCGGAAUCGUGGCAGGCAAAGCCCUCUCCACCCGCAAUCUCAGUCAGAUUGUCUCUUACCAAACACGAGUGCCCCCACUUACACCUUGCCCGGCACCUUGUUUCUGCAAAACCCAUCCUUCGGAUUUGGGACUGAGUGUCAACUGCCAAGAGAAGAAUAUUCAAUCCAUGUCUGAGCUGAUACCGAAACCCUUGAAUGCCAAGAAGCUGCACGUCAAUGGAAACGGUAUCAAGGACGUGGACAUCUCCGACUUUGCUGAGUUUGAAGGCCUGGAUUUGCUCCAUUUAGGGAGCAAUCAGAUCACAGCGAUCCAGGGAGAUGUCUUCCACAAUCUCACUAAUUUGCGCCGGUUGUAUCUCAAUGGCAACCAGUUAGAGCGACUCUCCCCCGAGAUCUUUUCAGGCCUCCACAACCUGCAGUAUCUGUACUUGGAAUACAAUUUGAUAAAGGAGAUCUUAGCUGGCACCUUUGACUCCAUGCCCAACUUGCAAUUACUGUACCUAAACAAUAAUCUCUUGAAGAGCCUGCCCGUGUACAUCUUCUCAGGGGCCUCCCUGGCUAGACUGAACCUGAGAAACAACAAGUUCAUGUACCUGCCCGUCAGCGGGGUGCUCGAUCAGCUGCAGGCCCUCACCCAGAUCGACCUGGAAGGCAACCCUUGGGACUGCACCUGUGACUUGGUGGCGUUGAAGCUGUGGCUGGAGAAGUUGAACGACGGGAUCGUGGUGAAAGAACUAAAGUGUGAGACACCGGUGCAGUUUGCCAACAUCGAGCUCAAGUCCCUCAAAAACGAAAUCUUAUGUCCUAAACUCUUAAACAAGCCAUCCGCCCUGUUCACGAGCCCGGCACCGGCCAUUACACUCACCACCCCACUGGGUCCAAUCCGAAGCCCCCCCGGCGGCCCAGUGCCUCUGUCGAUUUUAAUCUUAAGUAUCUUAGUGGUUCUCAUUCUGACUGUCUUUGUGGCCUUCUGCCUUUUGGUCUUUGUGCUCAGGCGCAACAAGAAACCCACGGUGAAGCACGAAGGCCUGGGGAACCCGGAGUGUGGCUCCAUGCAGCUGCAACUGAGGAAGCCCGACCACAAAAGCAACAAGAAGGACGGGCUGAGCACUGAAGCGUUCAUCCCCCAAACCAUAGAGCAGAUGAGCAAGAGCCACACGUGUGGCUUAAAGGAGUCGGAGACCGGCUUCAUGUUUUCCGAUCCCCCGGGACAGAAAGUCAUCCUGCGAAACGUGGCGGAGAAAGACAAAGAGUUAUUACAUGUAGAUUGCAGGAAGAGACUGAGCACCAUUGACGAGCUGGAUGAAUUAUUCCCGAGCCGAGAUUCCAAUGUGUUCAUUCAGAAUUUUCUGGAAAGCAAGAAGGAAUACAAUAGCAUAGGGGUCAGUGGCUUUGAGAUCCGCUAUCCAGAAAAACAGCAAGACAAAAAAAACAAGAAGUCGCUAAUAGGAGGCAACCACAGUAAAAUCGUGGUCGAGCAAAGGAAGAGCGAGUACUUUGAACUGAAAGCCAAACUUCAGAGUUCCCCCGACUACCUACAGGUCCUGGAAGAGCAAACCGCUUUGAACAAGAUGUAGGUCAUGCAAUCUUAAUUCAUACAGAGGACAUUUAUUUCAUGAUGAAAGUGCCUUUUGUUGACUUCUAACUUCCAAAUACUAUAUUAUCAAUAGGCAUAGAGGCAGGUGUUUCCAAGGGUGUCUCGUUAACUGUAGCUGCAAAGAUGUGUCAAGUAGAAGCGACUUUCUUUAAAUAGAUUUUACUACAGAAAACCUAUACUGUGGAGUCCUGUGGGGAUACUGCAAACUCUAUUGCCAAAGGGAUGCUUUAUACACAUCAUACACUGAAUUUAACCUCAAGAGGCGAAUCUGUUUUGUACCCUAAAUGCAAAGCCGUCGUCUCUUUGUGCUUGGGAACGCCAACUCAAGAAGACUGGUACCAAUGUGGGUACGUCAGCUGGGUCCUUCAUCUUGCACGUAGAUUAAGUUGGUGGAACUGGAAGAAUCCUUUUGAAUUUGUGGCAUUGUAACAACUCUGUUUAAAGAUUAUCUGAACAGUCAAAAAAGAUUAAAAAAAACCCACAAAAAGAAAAAAACCCCACAAAAACAGCAUGCAAAGAGAGAACUUCUAUUCGAUAGUAUUUGUAAAUUGGUAACCUUUAUGGCCUGCAUCUUGAAAUCGCUGGAUUUAUAAUGUUAAAUUGUGCAAAUAUUUGUUUCAGAUAUACCAUGCAUUACGUAACUAUACAAUAAAUCUGAAAACUUUAAGCAUUACCUGUCUAUACAUAAAAAGAAAAAAAAACCUAAAAGAGGAGUAAUCAAAGUGAAUUACCUAGCGUUCGUGGUGAUCUGAAGAAAUAUGUGAUGUCUAUCAGAAUUAAACCUGGCUCAAAUUAACUAACAUUAGAGUUUGUUCUCAGUUAUGUGAAAUACCCACAAUCCUUAAAGGUUGUCCAAAAUUAGCAAAGUGCUUACCGUGUGAGCGCACCCAAAGCUAUUUUUGUAACAUAAUUCAUAUUUAUGAAGUACUUUGUAUACUAAAUAGGAAAAUAUGUACUCCUUAAUAUGUAUUUAAUAUGCCUGACUUGUUUUCCUGAUCACAAUGAAUUUAUCAGUAAGUAUCCAUUUAGACAGAAAGAAAAACAAUAUGCUAAACUGAAAUUACAAGUGAUGUGUAUAGAACUACCCUGGACAUUGUGAUCAGGUAUGAUUAAAAGACAAAAACAAAAAAAACCAACAAAACUGAAAUACACAAAAAAAGUUCUGUGCUAUUCUUGUGAAAUUAGCAUAUUACCUUCAGAUUUGUUACCAGUCGUGCAUUUUAAAAAUAGGUUCUUUAGUUUUAUAGUAUCUUGUCUGGGCAAUUGUUAUUUGCCAUCAGUUGUCUUGCUUUUCAGGAUUCUAUGAACUUAAUUCCAAUAGUUUUCACUAUGAGUAAAAGAAAAUUAAUGCAUAAGGUUAAUAGUCCUAUCUUGUAUGCAUCAGUAUCCUGUUCUUUCAUCAUUCUGACUACUAUCAGAUAAUCAAGUAGAACAGCAAACACCAUGGUAAUCUUGGCUGUCCAAGCCACAUUGUAAAAUGCUUUCAUUGGUCUCUGAUGACUUCACAGUUUGCAACUACAAAUGAUAAGCUACUGUGUUUGCGUGUGUUAAGUUCUAAGUCAAAACUGGUCAAAGGAAUGAAAUACUUGGUAUGGGAGAUAGUUGAAGAUUCUUGAGGAGCUCCCAGUUCGCAAGGUGACAUCCAGAAACACAUUGCCUUCUCAGCCUGCCUCCAUAUCUAUAUAUUUUGUGUGUGUGCGCUCCAUCUCUUACAAUUACUCUAUUAAUCUGUAAGAAGACCAACAAGGUAAGUGUAGAAUUCUCCAUGAAUUUCUAGUGGCAGAUAUUUUGGUGCAGCUUCCAAAUUGAUAGUAGGGUUAUGUUAUAACAGCAGUCCCAUUUUUAGUUACUAAUUAUCAGGGCUUUCUGUGUUUGUUCCAAGAUGAAAACUUGACAUUUUUGGAGGGGUGUAUGUGGGUAUGUGUGUGUUUGGGUAUAUAUGUGUCUGUGUAGAUAAUUUGGAGUGUUUGUGGUUUUGUUUUUGUUUUUUUAAGUAAGAAAACAAAGUUCUCUCCACCUGUAUGUGCUGGUGCUCUUAAAACUUUAAUGUUUAAUUUUCAUGACAAUGUCUGUGAAAACUUUAUAUGAAUAUACAGAAAUCCAAACAAAUCAUUGCAUUCCAUGAUCAUGAAAAGAGACAUUAUGAUAUGUGCCCAACAGCUUGUUUUCAUCUACAAUUUCAUACGGACUUUUGAUAUGCUAUUACCAUGCAUGCAUGCCCCCGUGGAUUAAAGGGCUCCUAAUGCGUCCUGACAGGAUAAAGAUAUAAAGACGCAAACACUUCAAAGAAGGUGUUUUAGUUGAUCCUGUCAAUGAAGUAUGGAUUGAGGAAUCUUAAGUAGACACUUCUGGGAGGAGCCGGAAAGCUCCCUCUCUGAUCUGGGGAGAAUAGGUCAUUGGAGUGAUGCCUCUUAUUCAGUGUGGGGUUGCUUUGAAGAUGUUUCAAGGUUUCUGCAGAGUUGUCAAUAACGAGAGUACCUGCCACCAUCUCAAAGCUGCCUGUAGCAUAUUGGCUAUUUCAUACUCUUCUGCUGAAAGGUGUAAAUUUCUAACUUUUUUUUUCUAAUGAAAAGUAAUAUCACUAUGUGGUUCUUUGGAGGCUCUCAUUGUAAAUGAAUGAUAGCAGCAACCCAUUGGUUAAGGUUGAUAUAUGUUCCUUAACUGAAGUCAUUGUGCUUACAUUAUACAGUGUGUCCUGUUUUGCACUGGUCUCAUCAAUUCUACUCGUCCGUUUUAUGAUACUGUAGUUCUGCAUAAGUUUUGAGUUUCGUGCCAGAGAAGUUAAAAUCCUGUAUCUACAUUUUGUUGGUUUUCAACUAUAACCUUGAUGUUAGUUUCACCCCUUGAGAACUGAGAUAUAUGUUGGUCCAGCAUUUUUAGUGGAACUUUGAUUCAGCUCUAGAAGAAUCCAAGAAUGCUCCUUUGCACGUUGCUGUGGUGCAUCCCGGGCUUCUUGGCAUCGUGUUCCUGUGAGUGGACUCUUUUAGAUCAGUUGUGAAUUAAAGUAGACCAUCUGGAAUCAGUGGAGGGGUGGAGAUAAUAUAUUGUGUCCGUGUAAUAUAAAUCAAGUUUUAAAUUAUUUUUUUAUGAAAUCAAUAAAGAUGAUUCAAUUCUUUAAAAGUAAAUCUUUGUGAAAUUUUAUGAGAAAGCAGCUAUUAAAGUACAGUGAUCCAAGUCUAUAAGGCAAUUUAUAUUCGAUAUUUAGUUUUCCAUUCUGAAUAAUAAACUGAAUAAAUGUAUUCAUCAGAAAACCAUUGAAAACCGGCUUUCUUUUGUUGUUGUUGCUUUUUAGCAUUUAAUUUUUUUAAGCCAUAAGGAUGCAUCAGUUAUACAAAGCAUGGCCUCACGAGUCAACAUCAACAGGUAUUUGAGAGUUAACAGAAAACAGCAAGAAAUGUAUGGCAGCAAUGAUAAUGUUGUUUGCACGAAUUGUACAUUGACAUUGUAUGAAAUGAGCACAGUGAGUUAUUUUAUUUUGUUUUGUUUUUAAUGUCGCAUCCAAAGAGCUGGGGAGAGAGUAUAUUAAGAAUGUAUUUAUAAUCACUAUUUUGAAAUAAAGAAAAUACCUUGUAUUGUUUUUACCCUGAUAUGAGUAUGAGUAUUUGAGAUUAGUUUAUAAGACAAAAAAAAUCGAUUUAUGCUAUAAGCGCUAAUGUAAACCACCAAAAGGAAUUGUUUUAAUGACUUUUGUUUGCUUUUAAUAAUCUCAAAAGUAUUAGAGAGAAUUUAUUAAAUGCCAUUUUUAUGAAAGUAUUAAUAAAAUUGUUUGCUAUAAUGGUAUUUCUGAA